AUCUUGGGUGUCUCAUCCCGACUAACUGUCACUCCGGUCUUGUUACAAAAAAUAAUAGUCAGAAUUUUCAUCGUGAGCCCGUGCGAGUGUACAACGGGGAAGACUGAGAAGUGUUGUAGCUUUUAUUUUGCGUAUUGUUGCGGGAUACUGGCAACAUGACGCAGCAACUUCUACCCAUUAAGUUCCAGGAGCACUUGCAGCUCACCAAUGUGGGCAUCAACGUGGCGAACAUCUCGUUCGCCACCCUCACCAUGGAGAGCGACAAGUUCAUCUGCGUCAGGGAGAAGGUGGGCGAGUCCUCCCAAGUCGUCAUCAUCGACAUGGCGGACCCGAACAACCCCAUCCGCCGGCCCAUCACGGCGGAGAGCGCCAUCAUGAACCCCGCUUCCAAAGUCAUCGCCCUCAAAGGCAAGGCGGGGGUCGAGGCGCAGAAGACCCUGCAGAUCUUCAACAUCGAGAUGAAGUCCAAGAUGAAGGCGCACACCAUGACGGAGGACGUCAUAUUUUGGAAGUGGAUCAGCCCCAAUACUCUGGCGUUGGUGACGGAGACCUCCGUCUAUCAUUGGUCUAUGGAGGGGGACUCCACGCCGCAGAAGAUGUUCGAUCGCCACUCCUCCCUAAACGGAUGCCAAAUCAUCAACUACAGAACCGACCCCAAACAGAACUGGCUGCUGCUGGUUGGCAUCAGCGCCCAACAAUCCCGCGUCGUUGGCGCCAUGCAACUCUACUCCGUCGAGAGGAAGUGCUCUCAACCGAUCGAGGGCCACGCCGCCUCUUUCGCUACAUUCAAGAUGGAGGGCAACCCGGAACCGUCAACCUUGUUCUGCUUCGCCGUCAGGACGCUGCAAGGCGGCAAAUUGCACAUCAUAGAAGUCGGGCAGAGCCCUGCGGGGAACCAGCCGUUCCCUAAGAAGACCGUGGACGUUUUCUUCCCGCCCGAGGCCCAGAACGACUUUCCCGUCGCCAUGCAGGUGUCCGGCAAGUACGACGUCAUUUACCUCAUCACCAAGUACGGCUAUAUCCACAUGUACGACAUAGAGAGCGCCACGUGCAUCUACAUGAACCGCAUCUCCAGCGAGACGAUAUUCGUGACCGCCCCACACGAAGCCACCGGAGGAAUAAUCGGUGUUAACAGGAGGGGGCAGGUCUUGAGCGUUUCGGUGGACGAGGAGAGCAUCAUCAGGUACAUCAACACGGUACUGCACAAUCCCGACUUGGCGUUGCGGCUCGCCACGAGAAAUAACUUGGCUGGGGCCGAGGAGUUGUUCGUCAGCAAGUUCCAGAUGCUGUUCCAGAACGGGCAGUACGCCGAAGCCGCCAAAGUCGCUGCUAACGCCCCUAAAGAUAUCCUCAGGACCCCCGCUACCAUUCAGAUGUUCCAGCAGGUACCAACCCAGGCGGGGCAGAACAGCCCGCUCCUGCAAUACUUUGGCAUCCUUCUAGAUAGAGGACAGUUAAACAGAUACGAAUCGUUGGAGCUGUGCAAGCCGGUGCUGCUCCAAGGCCGCAAACAGCUGCUGGAGAAGUGGCUGAAGGAGGAGAAACUCGAAUGUUCCGAGGAGCUGGGCGAUCUCGUCAAACAGGCCGACCCCAUACUGGCCCUUUCCGUGUACCUCAGGGCCAACGUCCCCGCCAAAGUGAUCCAGAGCUUCGCCGAGACCGGCCAGUUCCAGAAGAUCGUCAUCUACGCCAAGAAGGUGUCGUACACGCCCGACUACGUCUUCCUGCUGCGCCAGGUGAUGCGCACCAACCCGGAUCAGGGGGCGGCGUUCGCCGCCAUGCUCGUCGCCGACGAGGAGCCCCUCGCCGACAUCAACCAGAUCGUCGACAUCUUCAUGGAGCAGAACAUGGUGCAGCAGUGCACCGCCUUCCUCCUGGACGCCCUUAAGAACAACAGGCCCACCGAGGGUCACCUGCAGACCCGCCUGUUGGAGAUGAACCUGAUGUCGGCGCCGCAGGUGGCCGACGCCAUCCUUGGCAACAAUAUGUUCACUCAUUACGACCGGGCUCACAUCGCCCAGCUUUGCGAGAAGGCGGGGCUCCUGCAGAGGGCCCUGGAGCACUACACGGACUUGUACGACAUUAAACGGGCGGUGGUGCACACCCAUCUCCUGCCGGCCGAGUGGCUGGUGAGCUUCUUCGGCACGUUGAGCGUCGAGGACAGCCUGGAGUGCCUCAAGGCGAUGCUGACGGCCAACAUCCGGCAGAACCUCCAGAUCUGCGUCCAGAUCGCCACGAAAUACCACGAGCAGCUUACCACCAAGUCCCUGAUCGACCUCUUCGAGAGCUUCAAGAGCUACGAAGGUCUCUUCUACUUCCUCGGCUCCAUCGUGAACUUCUCGCAGGACCAGGAGGUGCACUUCAAGUACAUCCAGGCCGCCUGCAAGACGGGACAGAUCAAGGAGGUGGAGCGCAUCUGUCGGGAGUCCAACUGCUACAGUCCCGAACGGGUCAAGAACUUCCUGAAGGAGGCUAAGCUGACGGAUCAGCUUCCGCUCAUAAUCGUGUGCGAUCGCUUCGAUUUCGUCCACGACCUGGUGCUCUACCUCUACAGGAACUCCCUGCAGAAGUACAUCGAGAUCUACGUGCAGAAAGUCAACCCGAGCCGGCUGCCGGUCGUCGUGGGGGGGCUGUUGGACGUCGACUGUUCCGAGGACAUCAUCAAAAACCUAAUCCUGGUCGUCAGGGGCCAGUUCUCGACCGACGAGCUGGUCGAGGAAGUGGAAAAGCGCAACCGCCUCAAACUCCUACUUCCAUGGCUCGAGAGCAGGGUGCACGAGGGCAGCGUCGAACCGGCCACGCACAACGCCCUGGCCAAGAUCUACAUCGACUCGAACAACAAUGCCGAGCGGUUCCUGAAGGAAAACCAAUGGUACGAUUCCCGCGUGGUGGGACGCUACUGCGAGAAGAGAGACCCGCAUCUCGCCUGCGUCGCUUACGAACGGGGACAGUGCGACAGGGAGCUCAUCGCCGUUUGCAACGAGAAUUCGCUGUUCAAGUCCGAGGCACGGUAUUUGGUGCGCAGGCGCGAUUCGGAGCUUUGGGCCGAAGUUUUACAAGAGGACAACCCUUACAGGCGUCAACUCAUAGAUCAGGUCGUGCAGACGGCCCUGAGCGAAACACAAGAUCCUGAAGACAUCUCGGUGACCGUAAAGGCCUUCAUGACCGCCGAUCUACCCAACGAGCUCAUCGAACUCUUAGAGAAGAUCGUCUUGGACAGCUCCGUCUUCUCCGACCACCGCAACUUGCAGAACCUGCUCAUCCUCACAGCUAUAAAGGCCGACGCCACCAGGGUCAUGGACUACAUCAACCGCCUGGACAACUACGACGCACCCGACAUCGCUAACAUCGCUAUCAACAACCACUUGUACGAGGAAGCAUUCGCUAUCUUCAAGAAGUUCGACGUCAACACCUCCGCUAUACAGGUGCUGAUCGAGCAGGUCAACAACCUGGACCGCGCGUACGAGUUCGCCGAACGCUGCAACGAGCCGGCGGUUUGGAGCCAGCUAGCGAAGGCCCAGCUCAACCAGGGCCUGGUCAAGGAAGCGAUCGACUCUUACAUAAAAGCGGACGACCCGUCCGCUUACAUGGCGGUCGUGGAGACCGCCUCCAAGAACAACAGCUGGGAGGACCUCGUCCGCUACCUCCAGAUGGCGAGGAAGAAGGCGAGGGAGAGCUACAUCGAGUCCGAGCUGAUCUACUCGUACGCCAAGACGGGCAGGCUCGCCGACCUCGAGGAGUUCAUAAGCGGCCCCAAUCACGCCGACAUCCAGAAGAUCGGCGACAGGUGUUUUGACGACAAGAUGUACGACGCGGCGAAGCUCCUCUACAACAACGUGUCCAAUUUCGCUCGGCUCGCCAUCACCCUGGUGCACCUCAAGGAGUUCCAGGGGGCGGUGGACAGCGCCCGCAAGGCCAACAGCACCAGGACGUGGAAGGAGGUGUGUUUCGCUUGCGUCGACGCUGAGGAGUUCAGGCUGGCGCAGAUGUGCGGCAUGCACAUCGUCGUGCAUGCCGACGAGCUGCAGGACCUCAUCAACUACUAUCAGGAUAGGGGUUACUUCGAGGAACUUAUCGGACUGCUGGAGGCGGCCCUGGGCUUGGAACGCGCCCACAUGGGCAUGUUUACGGAAUUGGCCAUCUUAUACUCCAAAUACAAGCCGGCGAAGAUGCGCGAACACUUGGAACUGUUCUGGUCCCGUGUCAACAUACCCAAGGUCCUCAAAGCCGCCGAACAAGCGCACUUGUGGGCGGAACUGGUGUUCCUCUACGACAAAUACGAGGAGUACGACAACGCGGUGCUCGCCAUGAUGGCCCACCCGACGGAGGCGUGGCGCGAGGGUCACUUCAAGGACAUCAUCACCAAGGUGGCCAAUAUUGAGUUGUACUACAAGGCCAUCCAGUUCUAUCUCGACUACAAACCGUUGCUGCUGAACGACUUGCUGCUGGUGCUGGCCCCGCGCAUGGAUCACACCCGUGCCGUGUCUUUCUUCUCCAAGACGGGACACCUGCAGCUAGUCAAGUCCUACCUCCGCUCGGUACAAAACCUGAACAACAAAGCGAUCAACGAGGCUCUCAACUCGCUACUCAUAGAGGAGGAAGAUUUCCAGGGCCUGAGGACCUCGAUAGACGCCUUCGACAAUUUCGAUAACAUCGGGCUGGCGCAGCGGCUCGAGAAGCACGAACUGACGGAAUUCCGUCGCAUCGCCGCCUACCUCUACAAGGGCAACAACAGGUGGAAGCAGAGCGUCGAGCUGUGCAAGAAGGACAGGCUCUUCCGCGACGCCAUGGAGUACACGGCGGAGUCGAGGAACCAGGAGCUGGCCGAAGAACUGUUGGCGUGGUUCCUGGAGAGGGAGGCGUUCGACUGCUUCGCCGCCUGCUUGUAUCAGUGUUACGAUUUGCUACGGCCCGACGUCAUCCUAGAGCUGUCCUGGAGACACAACAUCAUGGACUUUGCGAUGCCCUACCUAAUCCAAGUGACGAGAGAGCUAACCACCAAGGUGGAGAAGCUGGAACAGUCGGACGCGCAGAGGCAGAGCGAAGCGGCCGAGGAGACCAACAAACCCAUGAUGAUCCCCGAGCCCCAGCUAAUGCUGACCGCCGGUCCAGGAAUGGGAAUCCCACCGCAGCAGUACGUCCCGCCACAGGCUUACGCCCAGCCCGCCUACCCGCCCCAGAUGCCCUACCAGGCCUACCCAGGGAUGUAAUAUAGGGCCCCGUUCUCGGGCAACGCGCGUAGCCAAAUUAAGUUAUGAUUUCUUUUUCCCCAUUUAGCCGACGGGACGGGAGAGGGAGAAAGUCGCCCGCAUAUUAUUCUAAACAAAAAUAUAGAUGUGCAAAUCGUUACGUAAAUUCGACGCGGUGUUCGACGCUUCGAAUUUACGAUCAAUUACAAAAAUAUUGUAGGGAAUUUACAAAAAAAAAAAAAAUCGCCUAAGUGUAGUUGGAAUUUGCAGAUUUUUCACCAGUUGUUGAUGUAUCGUUGUUUUAUCGUCCCAUAGCACUACGGUUUUUAGUUUUCGUCCAUUUCUGUGUCCGUUAAAGUUGAAAUUUACGUUCGCUUUGAGAAUUGUACAUAAUACAAGGCUAAUUAUUCACUACUUGUAUGUAUAUAACCUAGAAAUUCUAUGAAGGAGGAGAUCGUACGCUGUCCGUUUUCAUUUACUAUUACUUUUUUUUUUAGUUAUUAGUGUUAUCAUUCCUUUUUAUUUAAUAUUAGAUAUGUAUGUAUAUGCCGAUAAUGUUUAUUAACUUAUAUCAUUAAAUGAAUUACGUGCGAACGCAGUUUACCAGCGUCCGCCUCGGAUUUAUUAUUUUUUUAAUGAUCUUGUAUCGCACCGGUUUUUUGUUCUUCAGACCGACGGUGGCGUUGGUAAAUUGUUGCUGAAAGUGUAACACCUUUUUUAUUGAUAGGUAAUUAUAGUUAUUUUUCCUAUUAUUAUGAAAUAAAGCUAAAAUAAAGAGAUUAUUGAAGCUA